AUGCCUUCAUUCUUCCUUUUCUUCGUACUGGUUACCUUUCUCUGCUGGCCGUGCCUCGCAGUAUACGUUGCCAAAGACCAGUUCAAAAGCUGGUAUCCCGAAUUCGGACCCACCUUCGAAGCCAUCGUCGAGGGCAACUGUUCUGCCGAGUACGAGAGGUACUUGACGAUACCGAGAGAAAAUGCCACCAUCGACUGGUUCACCGGAGGCGGCAACACAAACAGGCUCGCCCAACCUGUGGCAAAUUGCAUCCUGGGCAACACAUCCGAGUUCAUCAUGAGCAACAUGGCAGCCGCCGCAGUUGUCCUCGGUCUCAUGCCAACAAUCCUUGCCACAAUCGGAAAUAGCGUGGAAGAGACCUCGACGCUCUGCGUUAUCGGCCAGAGACCACUCAUCGCCUUACUCGUUGCUGCUGGAUCGCCCGCCAUCCACCCUAUCCGAUCAUUCGAAUACAUGAACCCGAUGAAGUUGGUUAAGUCUCGGCGCUACCGAUUACGCACCAAAAGAUCAUCCGUACCGCUUAGAAGGGUUGCUCUCGCGAUCGAAUUCCUUGCUGCGAUUGCGGCCAUUAUCAACACGUAUACACUUUGCAAUCAGCUAGGGGUUAUGGUUGUCAGUAUGCUUGCGCCCCAGCUUACUUAUCUGGAGUUCCUCUGGAGUAUCAUUGGCAUCAGCUCCCACGUCUCCGCGGCUGCUAGCGUGUGGGCUCGAACACGUAUCACCAGAGGUAUGACUCGACGUGAAUAUAUCAAGCAAGUACUCCUGCGACAAUUCACACCUAUAGGCGACAAGGAUUGGACUAAAGCAGUUAUUGAUGAAGACGAAACAUAUUUUUCAAUGGCCUUGUCAUAUUUCACGUCUCUACUUGGUACAUGCCAUCUUAUUUACGGAAGUAUGUUGUUUUCCAGUCUUGUUUUCAUUUCUGCAACGGAUAGCCUCAAGAUCAUGGCUCGUUACAUGGCAUCGGCGAUGGUGAGCAGGUUCAUCCUCAUGUACGAGCUUUUCUGGCUACGAGAUAUCCUCGGUGAAAGAAAAGGACUAUUUCCGAGGAAUGAUUCUAUCGAGUUGACCCAGCCAACAGAGGUCUUGGAACACGGUGGCAAGAUAUAUCACAGAAGCACAGCUAGUUCAGGGGCAUUUGAGACUUGA